GCUCAUUCACGAGAGUCAGCCUGAGCAAGAUGCUGCGCAGAUGAUCAAAUGGAUUGGCUUUUACGGCUCUAAAGAAAUAGGCUUCAACAUACCCUUAUGAUAUUAUCAUCGCGCAACCUAUUGAGUUUGAGAGCCCAUCAAUAUGUUUCAAACAGCUAUUAUUUGGUUCAAAAGAUGAACUGCGUUUCAAUUAUUUUGUUAUUGAUAGAUAGCUAGCAAAGCAGGUCUUCUGUUCUGUAACAUUGCUGUAGCAAAUGCCACAUUGUAGCCGCAGCUGCCACUUUAAAUGAUCGCCGAGUUUGUUACCAAAUAUGGCUUUAUUCUGCAAGCUAGCUACCUGCUAGUCCUAACGUGUAAAAACUUCAAAAUAGCUCCCAGGUCUGCGCUUGAAGUCGUCUCGUUACAACUAAACCAGCCAUGCAAGAGUGUUUAUCAAACUGCAUGUCAUAUGAACGUAUUUCAGAAACAUAUUUCGCAACAUAUGUCAUGGUGUAACAUAUCUAGCUCGACAUGGCAUCAGAUGGAGAAGCUCUGGCAUCUCUUAUCACACAGAAUUGCACAGCAGUGACAGAGGGUAGUUCAAUGGGACAUCCACCUCCUCCACCACCACCAGGACCACCCCCACCGACAGCUGCCUCGGGGCCAAGCAAGAAGAAGCUGUACCAGGCCAUAGCGGCAGGAAAGACCCCUGUUGAGGGGGAUCAUGCAGAGGCCCGGUUGCUGCUCAGUCAGAGGCAGAGCAGUUUCAGGAAGGACCUGCAGUGGAUGCUGUUUAACAAGUAUGUGCCUUCCCUCAUCCAAGACGGCCCACAAUGUGGUCUGGUGGCUCUAUGGAUGGCUGGUCACCUACUACAGCCCCCUCUGAGUGUUUCCAUGGAGGCCGUAGUCCAGACAGCGGUGGACAGGGGCUACACAGCACAGGGGGAGAUGUUCUCCGCUAGUGACAUGGCCAUGCUUGCAGAGGAGGUGUGUGGGUGCAGGGCUGAGCUCCUGUCAGGAGGGAUGAGUGGAGACAACUCUACAGCCGUCCUGAAACACCUGGCUGACGGACAACCCGUCCUCAUCCCAUAUGAUGAGGAUUUCAACCAUGAGCCAUGCCAACGCACCGGACACAGGGCACACUGGGCAGUGGCCUCAGGUGUCUUGUUGGGUCUGGACCAGGACAGCGUGAGCAGAGAGCACACCCAACCGGACCCCACCCUGCCCUGGCUACUCCUGCCCCAGGACAGCCCCUCACGCCCAUGCCCCUGUCCCACUGUGGGGGCAAGAGAAGCAUACAUCCUGGCCAAGCAGGGCAAGAGCCUGCGCUAUCAGCUGUGGGGCCUGGACAAGGUGGCCCAAAGCAAUGCUCAGCUGAGGGAGAUAGAUCCCCAGAGGGCUGGGGACAGUACCCAGUACGUGGUACCCAAGGGAGGGGUGGAAGUUGGGCUGGCAGGCCAGGUCGUGUUGGUCCACACUGGGAGACAGACCAAGUGAUCAUGGGCCUUCUCUCCUGGUGCACUGCUAUGGUACAAAUUGAGACUCAUUGGCCUGGACACAGGAAAGCAUGACAGUCUAUAAUGCUGGAAGUAGAUGACAUGUUGAAAGGGUCUAAGGAUGCUUUCCUAGGUUGGCAUUCAUUUCUUCUAUAGGACACCGGAGGAUGAUCACAAGGCAGUUCUUAUCUGUCUACUACUUAUCAGUAUGAAACGUUUGAAUGUAAAGUGGACUUUUGCCAAAUCUGUGGCUCCUCUUAUGGAGCCUGUUUUCCAGUACCUGAACAGAUCCUGUGCCUUACUGAAAUGUUUCAUUCACUUCACAUGGUCGAACGGGGCUGUAAUAUUGCAUACGAUGAGAACCCCGUACCUGCCUGUAUUUAUACUGAUUGUCAAGCAACCCAAGUGCACACAGAAUAAACAUAUGUACUAUU